GGCCCAAUCUGGCAACACUACACCCAGUGCCUGGUACCAACACAGCCCUGCUAAAGACAGCUAACAGGAGUACGACCCAAGGCCUAUACUUACUCAUUUUCUGGCUAUUGUCCACAUUGUGUAUACAUAGGGUCAGUUUGUCGAAAAUUCAUAUGUCCUUCUGACCGUUCAUCCGGAGCUGACUUAUGAUUUUAAAGACAUCUAUUUGAGAUAAGUAGAGUGAGGUGGCCGGUUUGAUGUGUAUGGCCCCCAGACCAGAGGCACCAUGAGUGGGGAGAUGGAUGCGUUAGCGAUCGUCAACCAGCUGCGGGACCUGGCAGCAGACCCACUCAACAGAAGAGCCAUAGUUGAAGACCAUGGGUGUCUACCAGGGCUGAUACUCUUCCUGGAUCAUACAAAUCCGCAGGUCGUCUACUCUGCACUACUGGCUGUGCGGUACCUAGCGGAGUGUCGCGCCAACAGGGAGAAGAUGAAGGACGAGCUGGGCAUGAUGCUGAGCCUGCAGAACGUCAUGCAGAAGGCCACGUCGCCAGGGGAGACCAAGCUGCUGGCGUCGGAGGUCUAUGAGAUCCUGCAGGCGGCGGGCAAGGAGGAGGCGGAGCAGGCGGAGGCAGCGGCGGCGUCCUGCCGGAGGAAGGCCCAGUUCUUCCUGGGCUCCACCAACAAGCGGGCCAAGACGGUGGUGCUGCACAUCGACGGGCUGGACGACUCGGCUCGGCGGGGCAUGUGUGAGGAGGCCCUGCUGAAGAUCCGCGGGGUCAUCAGCUUCACCUUCCAGAUGGCUGUGAAGAGAUGUGUGGUGCGGAUCCGCUCGGACCUCAAGGCGGAGGCCCUGGGAACAGCCAUCAACUCCACCAAGGUGCUGACCGCCCAGCAGGUGUUGAAGGCAGAGGACGGAGGAGAGCGCAUGGUGCCAUUCCACGAGGGCGAGGCGGUGGCGGUGGAGGAGAACACGGACAUCCCGGACUACCUCCCCGAGGACGAGAGCCCCUCCCAGGACCCCGACAAGGCGGUGACGCGCGUGGGCGCCAUCGGCGACGGCUCGGGCUGGCUCAGCACCGCCGCCAACUUCCUGACCCGGUCCUUCUACUGGUGACCACUUCCUGUUGCGUUGCUCCCCCCGUGUGUGCUCUCCUCUCCCUCCCAGCCCCCCCCCCCCCCCCUCGUCAACAGUCCUACCUGUGAAACUGACUGGCACCUCAGACGGUUUUCAGCCUCCUCCUCCACCACCACCUAGUGCGGGCCGUCUAGCACCAUGCGUCUCUGGCCGCCGCCACCGAGCGAUGACCAGGCCACGGUCCGCUGCAAUAACCUGUAUAUACAUGAGCUGCUGAUGCCUCGCGACAAGCUAACAAGCUAGCCCACCACUGGCUGACUGCACAACUGUUAUUGUUAUGGUACUACACGAGACGUGGGUACGCCUCACACCACUUAUAGCCAGAAGGAUUUGAAUUGAGCUACCGAUUUUUUUUAAUUUUAUGUACGUAUUUUUUUUUUUCAUCAAAGCAAAAGCCAUGCGGGGGUCCGAGGUCUUGUGGCUGACGUCGGAUGAGGAUUCAUCCCAUGACUGAAUCUGUUGUUUGUCAAAAAGAACAAUUAUUUUCCUUUUUUUUGUGCAUGGUGUGAUUCAAAAACAAAAAAAAAACUUGCUAAUUGACUCAUCCUCUUUAUUUUAUAUUUUGGGUUGUUACUUUUCCUGUCUUUCUGCAAGGAGUGUUCUUGAAAAAUGUCCUUCAGAUCUUGCUUUAGCACCCUCUGUUCUGUUUAUUUGUGUCUUGUUUCUUCUCUUUGAUGCCCAAUGAAGAUAAUUCUGUGAAGAAUUAUUAUUAUGCCAAUUUUAUUUAAUUCAUUCUCAGUUGCUUCGAUCUGUUUGAUCAAUCGCAAAAGACUAAUCAUCGAUGAGUCAGUUAUCUUAGGAUGAUGCGGUUACCCUAACCCCAUCUUGCAAAGGAGGUUCAGAAUGCAUGCUCUGUUGCCAAAAUAUCCCAUCUUGAAACGUGUUGACAUCAUGCUCAAUUCUCUUCAUGAUGUCAUGCCCCUAUGGUUUUGUAAAUCUUAAACAAAUGUUCUUCACUUGAACCAGCAGUGUCCUUAAAGAAAAGAGAGCAGCUACAGACUAUCCUAGACUCCGUUAGCAGACCAUCAUGCUCCUGAGGCUAGGGACGCAGAGUAGGCCUUAGGGCUGUGGGAAUGGUGCCUGGUAUGCUGCUAUGUCAAAUCUAUGUAUGAAGGAAUUAUGUAUUUAAAAUCUGAAUAAGUAAUACUGAGUUGCUGCUCUGUGUUCAUUACAUCUCAAUGUUCCCACAACAAUUUCAACAAUAGGGCAAGGUAGUUGUCGAAGGUCUUUGAUUGGGUCAUACACGUCGACAAAUGACUUGUCACUUUUAAUUCUAAUUACCCCCUCUUUGAUUGUCCUCUCAGUGACCCAUUGACAUGUGGGGCACACGAACCGCUGACCAGACAGGUUUAAUUUGUGCCGUUUAUGUGGGGUGGAUGUCGAAAUGAUUUAAGGUCAUGUCGCUGGAUGGACUGUGUGACCUCAGACCCUUUAAAGUGAAGCAAGGAUCCAUAGAACCGCAGCAGGAAGACUUAGGCAAGUCACAGCUGGGGUUUAUAAAGGUGGACGGUGUAGAAUGGUGUGGCAUCUUCGCAGGAAUUUAAUAUAAUAUUCAUAAAUUAGUGAUAAUCCCAUGAAAUUAGGAUUGUUAAUGAGCUCUUUAUAUCAAAAUAGGGAGAGGACCCUCUUCCACAGAGCCCGCAAUCUUUUCAUAACAUGUUCCUACAGUAGCCAAGAACGGACAAACUGCUCAAGAGAGGAUGUGGUUUUAAUUGAUCAUGUGUAUUUUGAAUCGCUAUCUUACUUGUAAGCAUAACCUAUUACUAUAUGGACUAACCAGACCCAUUUGAUGAAUAUCAAGGCACCGUUUCACUUGAGCCCUGGCUGCUCGAUGCUGCUGGCAUCUUAUAGGCCACCAUAGCCUCUCCUGCUUUGUUGUGAAGGGUCUUCAGUUGGUUGCAACCUCACCGCGGGAGGCCACUAGAUCCUACACAUGGAGCGAUCACAAAGAAGUUUGGAUUUUUUUGUCAUUAACAGUAUUAAUAUUUAAUUGUUCCUGUUUUUUAGUCUUCCAUUAUUUGUUUUUGUGUACAGAAUCAGUACCAUGUACUUUGUUUAAUUUAACGUUUGGCUUCUCAUAGUGUGGAACAUAUCCAAGCAUCACUCCCUGUACUGCCGAUCCUUCUCCCUAGUUUCUAUCCGACUGUAGACCUUAACGGUGAACACAUAAACCAUGAAGAUGGUUCACACUUUUAAUCUUCUCAUUGUACAGUUUUAAUUUUCGUUUUUGUCUCAUGUUAUAUAAUGUAUGGCAAAAAAAACAACCCGGCUAUUCAUCUAUCCACUAUUGAGGCAAAUAAAGAUGAGCUUGAAAUCAA